AUGGCACCACAAAAUGUGUCCAUCGAGCACCCUCCCACAUACGCAGAGGUCGUCGGCUGUUCACAAAGUCAGCAAGAGUCCAGAGUCAGCCAUUCACCUUCAGAACAGAACUUUGGAAUCGACAGUACCGAUGCACAGAAGAAGCAUUGGGAUAACGAGGCGGGAGGCCCUUGCAGCAACGCCCUUCAUGGGAUCGAACCUCAUCAGGCGCAUAUUCUUCCUACCUACGACGAGGUAGCGGCGCAAGAAUCCGGACUUACCGAUGACUUACCGUACGAGAAUGCUUCCAACACCUUUGACCACACAUUGCAGGCUAGCAACGCAUCUCAGAACGUAAAUGAGAAGCCAUCGAAACGAUACCGCCGCCUUCAUCGUGCUGAAGAGGUAGCCAGCAGUCUGUUUGCGACGGCAGUGCUAGCGGCCGUCUUCAUCGGGUUCGUCUAG